AUGGCGCGUCAAAAGUCAGUCCGCGCCCCGACUACAGCCAGUCUACCGAACAAUUUUCGCAUUCCCUCAUCGACACCAUCCCUCACCAAGACGUUAAGCAAGCUCUCAAGGCAAGCCCUAUUGGACCUUGCUUUCUUCUGGCUGGACGAUCAAAAUAUCUCAUCCUUCCCACCAUUUCUGCAACAAGAUGACAUUGAAGGACGCGACGACGAAACCCUACCUUACCCCGCAGCCGAAACAAUCGAGGAAGUCCGACAAGCCUACGAGGACCUCCAGGACCGGAAAGGCGGCAAGCGAGAAGUCCUCGAAAGAAUCCUAGAAGGAGACUGGCGCAAUGGAAUUACCCUACGCCAACUAGCAAUGGCAGACCUCCGCUACAUGGACGACCACCCCGCCAGUCUACGAUGGACAGCACUAGAACUAAGUCGCAUCGGAAAGCAACCCCAAUCCCCCGACUGGUCCAGCUCCGUACCGCGCAUACAAGCAGCAACAUUCGUCCAAGCUCUCCAGCAUGAAAUCUCCCCUCUCGUCAAAGCCCACUACCACCUCGCCCGCUCCACAACUCUCCCAUUAACAUUCCUACGCAUCUUCGUCGUCGAUUCACCCUACCAACUCCCCGCCCAAUCAGCAGAGGUCUUCGCUGAUUCUUCGCGCGUCAUCUACGUAGCCUUCCCUGAUAGCUGCCCCUUCAUCUACACAUCCAUCACCACAUCUGCCUCGAAGACAGCACCCUCCACCAGCUCCGUGGCAACAGACACACGGACAUUGCAGCGCUUAGUCCGCGAUGCAAUUCCCAAAGCCCUUUCACGUCCACAGGCAAGAUUCACACUAAACGCGACUUCCCUCGCAGCAAAGAAUCUCCCCACACUCCUCGCCCUCCGUGGUCCAGGCCGUUCAACAGCCUCAAAUGGCGCUUUCAGUAUAUUCGCAGAUGCAGCACUCGAAGGGAGUCCGCUUGAUCCUCGCCCAUCUAACACCGUCACACCAGAAGAGCAUAUUGGACUUGACUCUGGAAAGGGAGAUUCAGAUCGCGAAAGCUCGAAGCGCAAACUUGCGGAGAGCGUUGCUCUGUCGCCUAUAUCGAAAAAACGCCAUAUGGCGAUUCAGUCCCGAUUUGGGACGGGAUCUGCGCUUGCGCCGGCGCCAUUGGAUCGUCUUGAUGUUCGACUUCUUGAUCGGCCUGGUGGGGAUGGUGAUGAGGAUGCAUUGCCUGCUGUUUCGCUUACAUUUUCUGGUUCGAAUGUUAUUGGUGGGCUUCGGAAGCUUGCUGAAUUGGGUGUUGUUGACCCGGAGCGCAUACCGUCUUGGAUGACGGGUGAGGAGGGUGUGAGUGUCGCGACUGUCAGGGAUGGCCGGCGGCUGAAGAAGGAUGUGUAG